AUGAGCAAAAGGCCAGUUGAGAAAAUUCUAGUCGUGCUGCUGCUGGCGACAGUCUGUGGAGUUACCAUUAUUGCUGGCCAUACCAACAGUUUUAAGCCAAAGUCUCCUUCCGUUGAUGGUUCAGUUAGUAACGUUACUAUUCUUCCAAAACUCAAUCGUGCCAAGCGUGUAGCUAUAUACAAUGGCCAAGGCAUUCUCAAGUUUGUCGCCGGUGUAGCGCAUCCCGUCAAGCAGACAGAUAAGGAGCAAUCCUUUUGGUUUUUCUACAAUUUACAGAACCAGUAUAUACCCACAACUAUACCCAUCUAUUGGUGGAGCUUUUGGAAUACAACCGCAUUUGUUUCCACGGCCCGUGAGUUGCGCAAAGGAAUGCAGGCAACGCUGCAUCGGGAUGAUACCCGCAUUUGGCUCUAUGAUGCCAUCGAAGCUGGCAUGGAACAAUUGGAUGGCAGUGAACGUGGCGCUACUUGUCUUCUGAGAAGCAUCUGUGAAAUCUCCCAGCUACCCUUCGACGACAGCAAUAUCUUUAGCGAGAUUCUUAAUGCAGUCUUAAUACCCACCAUGGAUAAUGUUGCCGAAAAGUAUAUCAAUGCCAGGGAUGCAGGUCGCGCAGGUGCCGACUGCAUAAAAACCUACAGUGAAUGUAGCCCCAGAGUUUGGAACUGGUUAACGCAUGUAACAAAAAUAACUAUCUGA